CGUGCCCGACAUUCUUCUGUGAACUGCGUACCAACACUUGAGACUAGAGACCGCCCUUAGCUACGUACGCGCGCGUCCACGCGAAUGGCUGGAAAUGCUGCGGCUGAAAGCUCACCAAAGUGUGCGCGACCAGCUACGCGUGAUUAUUUCCUAAAUCAUUAAAAUAUUCCACGGAUUCGACAUUUCCACUGUUGGACAGCACGCCGCGAUCGGAUUAAGAUGGUGUCAAGAGUUUAAAGGAAUGUGACUUAUAAGUGCUAACGGUAACUCUGGCUCACCAUUUCACCUUCCAAAGAUCCGCCACCGCCUGAACACUGUGUCUCUAUCGGUCCCUGUAGACAUCGUGAGCGAUUAAAGCCUUCAGUCCGCCGGCCUGCUGCAGAGUAGACCAGGCGCCGAGAGCUGCAGGAAGUCCAUGGCCACUGUCUGAUCACCACUGCUGUAGGUUAGACCUUCUCCCAGCUUGGACGCCUGCUCUGUGACUGCAGCCGCGUACCACAGAAGAGGAAGAGGAAGAGGAAGAGUCCGUUCUGCCGCCGCAGGGCCCAUGGAGGGCUUUCCUGUCCACUGAGCCUGCACCAGGCCAGGGCGCUACACCAGGACAACAGCCAUGUCCGCCUGCAACACCUUCACUGAACACGUGUGGAAACCGGGUGAGUGCAAGAACUGCUUCAAGCCCAAGAGCCUGCACCGCCCCAGCGACGCCGCGGCCAGGAAAGGUGGACACACCACCGCCGUUGCCUCCGUCGUCGCCGCCGCCGAACGAGCGCAGUCUCAGCAGCAGUGCCACCCUCCAGGGACCGGGACCACGAGGGCCAACGCCAACCUCACGGGCGGCUCCCAACGAAGCGGUGGCGGCUCGACGACGCGCUCCGGUCAGUUCCGGCCGCCCGUCGCUAAGAAGCCCACCAUCGCUGUGAAGCCUACCAUGAUGCUCCCCUGCUCCUCCACCGGGCUGGACCUCGAGGGAAACGAGCGCCCCCCCGCCGAAAGCCCUGGCACCCCGGGCAAAACCUCCGCGUUCACCGUGUGGAAUCGCAACGGACUCAACCACCAAAGGCCCGCCGGUGGACCAAACAACAACGAAGGGGAAAUAAUCGGCGGUUGUGGGGGUGAAAUCGAAGGCUACGGCGGCGGUCUCUGCAGCCCCAGGACACCCAGCGGCAAUAACAACAACGGACUCACUGAUGUGCUGAAGGAGAUCGCUGGCUUAGGGUCUUUGCCCAGCACCAGUUGUUCAAGGGACAAUUUCCUGGAGAGGGUCAGCACCUCCUACAGGAAGUCACUAGAGAGGGGACUUCCUGCCGCGGGGUGCCUGGCCCUAGGCAGUGGCAGCGGUGGCCAAGCCAAACGGGUGUCGCUCAGUGACAGUGCGGAGGUCAUAAGCACCGAAGGCGGCCGCUUCUGCUACCCAGAGUUUUCCAGCGAAGGGGAGGACGAUGACGAAGAUGAUGAUGACGAGGGCGACAGCGAUGGCGAUGAUGAACAUGAGAGCUGGGAUGAAAGCGACGAGGAGCUCCUCGCCAUGGAGAUUCGAAUGAGGGGUCAACCGCGUUUUGCAAACUUCCGCGCGGCAACCUUGUCCCCGGUGCCCUUUGCCGCGGGUAAGAAAUGGAACACUGUGCCGCUGAGAAACCGCUCCCUGCAGCGCAUCUGUGCCGUCGACUACGACGACAGCUAUGAUGAAAUCCUCAACGGCUACCCCUCCAUGAACUCUAACGGGGGAUCAGGCCUGUGUAUGCCGUAUGGACAAAAUGACUUGCAAGGCAGUGGGUUUUUGUCGAACUCUGAAUCCACCACCUCCCCCGAAUCCUCGUCCUCUGCGCAGGACGAUUCUCGCACCUCGUCUAGCACUAGCAGUGUUCCGUUUCUCUCCCGCAACGGCCUGCACUCGCCGUCUCCUCGGGAGGCCGUUGCCCGGGGGCCGCCGGCAACUCCAGCGGAGACUGAGCCUCAGCAGCACAGCAGCAGGGCCUUGAGUUCACCCAAAGCCAACGAGACCCACAAAGCUGUUCUCGCCAUUCGCCUGGAGGACCAAGAGGCGAUCCAGCGGGAGGGCGGCGCUCUCCCCCAGGCGCUCCCAGGUCAGCCAAUCACAAUCAGCUUCAGUCCCACAGAGGAACAAGCCAAACCUUACCGAGUAGUCAACCUCGAAAAGCCUCCCAUUUGCAAGCCUUACACUGUGGUAGAUGUGUCCGCGUCGAUGGCGAGCACUGAAAGCUACGCCCCAGAAAGCACUCCGAAAUCCCAAAAGGGGGGACCACUGAGCCCGCCGCCCUACCCGGGAUCUCAGAUUAGUCUGUCGAUCACGGCAGUUUCCCCAAUGUCCCCGGCGUCACCACUCUCCCCCGCGACGCCAGACAACAUCCCAACAUCCCCAGUUUCCCCGUCCACCGCAAACUCGUCUGCUCUUCUCAGCACUUCUCAACACAACAAGAGGCCUGGUGCCAUCCGCUACCAAGAGGUGUGGACGUCCAGCACGAGCCCUCGACAGAAAAUCCCAAAAGUCGAGCUGCUCUCCUCCUCCGGGUCUGCAGGGGGAGCUCCGGGCCCCUCUGUGCCUCCCAGACACUGCCACCACAAGUCCGCACCCACCUCCCCCAUCGCCGGCAUGUCCUCAUCUCGCACGGUGCCGGUCAAGUCCCCAAAUCUGUCCGAGAUCAAGUUCAACAGUUACAACAAUGCGGGAAUGCCUCCUUUCCCGAUCAUCAUACGCGACGAGCCGGCCUACGCCCGCAGCUCCAAAAAUGCAGUCAAAGUCCCGAUCGUAAUCAACCCCAGCGCUUACGACAACUUGGCCGUGUACAAGAGCUUCCUGGGCCUCAGCGGUGAACUGCCUCCGCCCAAGGGAGGUGGAGGUGGAAGUGGAGACAGAAGCAGGGUGACGAGUCACACCUACGAGGAGAUCGGCUCAUCGGAGAGCGUCCAAAGCUCUGUCGACGAGAAAUCACCUUGCAGCAAAGCGGCUAUAGCAGUGGACAAGGCUGCCGCAGAGGACGCCACAUGUGGCUUGGGAUCAUCCCUGAGAUCUGAGGACUUUAACUGUAGAACCACUACUACUACUACUACUGACCUUGUUGUUGCCACACCAGCUACCACUCCUGUAUCUCCAGUUUUCCCCAUCAUCGCCUCCUCUCCGCUGCCUGGCACCCUUCCCCCAUGCAGCCCCAGUGUUGCCACGCCAGGAGGGCGGAGCCGUAAGCCCAGUGGAGACGCCAGUAAAGACAGCAACACCGACACCAUGUCAUCAUGUGGCACUGGCACUGGUACUGGUACUGGGCAGCGGGAGAAAGCCAGCACUGUGCUGUCACAGAUCGUGGCUUCCAUCCAGCCACCCCAGUCCCCACCCGAGUCCCCGUCGUCGUCACAGAGCAAGGCUUGCAGUGCAGAGGAGCUCUACGCCCUGCCACCUGAUGCCACCAGGGACACACUCAGCAGGCCCAAGUCCUUGUUCUCCUCCACGGACGGAUGCCUGUCCAAACCUAGGAAAGACACGCCGGCCAAACAGCUGCCCAAGUCCCAGAGUGCAUCUGCCGCCGUAGCCCCAACUAGUCCCAAGGCGGAGGCGAAUCCCCCUUUCCCUCCGCCACGAUCCACCUCCUCUCCAUACCACGCCACCAACCUUCUCCAGAGACACUUCAGCAACUGGACCAAGACCUCCGGAGCGUCCCCUCGCCCCAGCGACGGAGAGACGAGUCCAGGAGGUGGCGGCGAUACGAGGCGUCAAGACGCCAAGCCCAAGCGCUGGAUAUCCUUCAAGAGCUUCUUCCGCCGGCGGAAGGAGGAGGACGAGCAGAAGGCGAAGGCGGAGCUAGAGAAGGAGAAGGAGAAAGGCAAGCUGGUGGGUCUGGACGGGACGGUGAUCACCAUGCUGCCUCCGCCCCCCACGCAGCGCCACCACUGGUUCGCCGAGGCCAAGACGGACGACCCCAACCAAAAGCCCACCAUCAUAUUCACCUACAAGCCAGACAGCAGCGCCACUGGCGACGGGGAGGGCGAACUGCGUGUCGAGGAGUGCAGGGACGCCUCGCUGUCAUCAGCAGGAGAGAGCCCCAUCAUAAGACCCUUGUCCCCAGGACAGCCGCCGCCCAAGAGUCGAGCAAGUCUCCUGAUCAGCAAAGUUAUGAGUCAAGCGCAGAUGGAGUCGGCAGCUGAGAGUGAGAUGCCGAGCGCUGCCUCCCUCCCGGCCAAGCUGGAGUUGUCGUCGGUUGCCGAGGCGACUACUGGCUCCUUGGGUACCAGGGUGCCCCCCGCGCCAGCCAGCGAGGGCAGUGCCAGCCACGGGGAGCAGGAGCACGAGCACGAGCAGGAGGAGGAGGAUGGCACGGGCAGCCACUCGUACUCGCCAGCCUCCAGCUCCUGCAGCGCCACCUACAGCAACCUGGGUCAGUCCAGAGCUAAUAUGAUCCCCCUGAAGCACCCGCGUAACAUCAAGGCCUCGGACGACACACUGGCCUCGGUGGACCUGGACGCCUCCGACCCGGCCGCCAAGGCCACCCCUCCCCCGCUCCCCAAGAAGGGCAACACGGCCGGCCGCACCCCGGCCUCCGAUUGCUCCUCCACCACCACCCCGGGCACCUGCGCCUCCUCCUCCCUGCGGCCGCCACAGCACAGGGAGGCCCGGCCCGGCGGCACCAACCUGAGCGUGGCCAACCCGCUGUACGACCUGGACUCCACCUGGGAGACGGCCAGCCAGAGCUCCUCCCUCAGCUCCGAGGCUCGCUGCUGCGGCGGGGGCGGCGCGCUGGACCACGAGUCCGGAGACUCCCUGGAGCGUCCCUCGCCGGCGGCAGUGUCUGGGGUGGGCAGGAGCCGGCCGGCCAACAGCCUCUCCUGUCUGGCCAGCAGCACGGCCAACAGCCGCGAGUGGAGGGGGUGCCGGAGCGCCGAGUCGCUAGCCGCCGGGAGGGCGCGCACCACAGGUAGGGCGUCGACCACCACAGGUACCACCACCAGCGCCGGUGGUGGUGUUGGCAGUGGCGGCGCCGCAGGGACGGCGGUCAGCUCCAAGCCUCAGAGGCAGGCCCUCUACAAGGGGAUGGACAGCUGGGACGAGGUGGUGGGCCGCAUACGGGGCCUGCACACGGACACGCUGCGCAAGCUGGCCGGCAAGUGCGAGGACCGCUUCAUGGCGGGCCAGAAGGACCACGUGCGCUUCGGCACGGACAGCUGGUCCCACUUCAGACUGACGACGGGCAAGCCCUGCUGCGAGGCCGGAGACGCCGUCUACUACACCGCCUCCUACGCCAAGGACCCGCUCGUCAACUACGCCAUCAAGAUCUGCCGGAGCAGAGUGAAGGCGUCUCAGCAGCAGUUCUUCCACAGCCUGGCUGUGAGGCAGAGCCUGCCGCUGCACUUCAACAUCCAGCAGGACUGCGGCCAUUUUGUGGCCGACGUGCCCGCACGCCUGCUGCCCUGGGAAGAGGAGGACAACGGGGAGGAAGAGGAGGAGGAUGAAGGAGAAGAAGAGGAGGAGGAGGGGGGUGAAAAAGAGGAGAAGAAGGUGAUGGAGGAGGAGAAGAACAGCCCAGAGAGGGAGAAGAGGAGGAAAGAGACUGUAGUGGAGAAGAAGGGUGAGAUGAUUGCGAGCGACCGGAGGAAAAAUUCCUCCGAGGUGCCCGAUUUACCGGCGCACAACGGGAAAGAAGUCGACGGCACUGCCACGAUGGCAAGCACUACGUCAUCCACCACCUCCACGUCCUGCACGACGGGGGGUUCCGGGACGCUGCGCAGCCGCGUGGUGGUGAUCACGCGCGAGGUGCCCUUCCAGACGGUGGCCGACUUUGUGCGCGAGGGCCGCGAGCGCCACGGCAACCACCCGGACCUGUACGAGCGUCAGGUGUGCCUCCUGCUGCUGCAGCUGUGCUCCGGCCUCGAACACAUGAAGCCCUACCACGUCACGCACUGCGACCUGCGCCUGGAGAACCUGCUGCUCGUACACUGCCAGCCCAGCAACCCCUGGAACCUGGACGUCAACCCCAACAACGCCGAGCCCAACAACAAUAACCCGUUUGGGGGUAACGGCGGCGGCGGUGGUGGGGGUCCUGCCGGAGCUGGAGCUCUGGCCAACGCCUGCCCCGCGCGCCUCAUCAUCAGCAACUUCGCACAGGCCAAGCAGAAGGGCUCGGCGCUGUCCUCCCAGCAGUCCCAGCAGCAGGCGGCCGUGGAGGCGCUGCGCGACCACUCGCGCCUCGCCCCCGAGAUCGUCACGGCGACGCAGUACCGCAAGUGCGACGAGUUCCAGACGGGCAUCCUGAUCUACGAGAUGCUGCACCAGGCCAACCCCUUCGAGGAGGCGCCCGAGCUCAAGGAGCGCGAGUACACGCCGGCCGACCUGCCCCCGCUGCCCCAGCGCUCCCUCUACUCGCAGGGCCUGCAGCAGCUGGCCACCUUGCUCCUCACCGCCAACCCCACGGAGCGCAUCCAGAUGGCGGAGGCACGCGCCUGCCUGCAGUGCCUGCUGUGGGGGCCCCGCGAGGACCUCUUCCAGGCGCUCAGCGCCAGCCCCGGCCCCGGCCACCGGCAGGCCACGCUGCAGAACUGGCUGGACCUGAAGCGGACGCUGCUGAUGAUCAAGUUCGCGGAGCGCUCGCUGGACACGGUGUGCGGCGUGAGCCUGGAGGACUGGCUGUGCUGCCAGUACUUGGCCUUCUCCUCGCCCGACUCGCUGGGACGCGUCGUGCGCAUCCUGCAGCAGCAGCAGCAGGCUCUGCAGGCCCUGCACGUCUAGGGGUGUCAUCCCAGACUGCACCACCAGAACAGAACCGGACCCAAGUGGACUGGGCAGGGCCAGGCCAGACAGACUGGGCUAGCUUAUGUGUCACUUAUGUGUCACAAAUGCCCUCCAGUUCAUGUCUGAGGCCAUAGUGUCAGUUCCACUGGAACAUGAGCCAGCUCGGGCUGUACAGACUGAAUCUUACUGACCCCAUCCGACACCCCCCUGCUCCCGCUCCCCUGUUCUGUCUCUGCUGCCCCCUGCUGGUUGCCAGCUGGUUACACACCCUUCUGUCCCACAUGGCUGAGACACCAGAGGAUACUAAGAAGAAGCUGGUUCAGGAGUAGUAGACCAGGUUAAGUUAAGAGGUAAAUCAUCUAAUAGAAGAGCCUGGAGUGUUCUCCUGGACCAGCUUCUUAGUACAGUACACCCCUCUGUACUACAUGCCCCAUCCAUACGCUUUGGUUGCUGGUUGACUGACUGGUGCUGAUUAUUAUUAUGAUGCGCUGUAAUCCCACCACAUGCAUUUGAGCUCCACGUGUUAUGAAUGGAUUUGGUCUUCGUUUUGUUGUUUUUAAAUCCAGUAUCCAGUUCAAAGCUGGUUCUGUUGUUUUUAAUCGCGUUUGAGAACCAGCGUGGUCGGAGAACAGAGAAACUGACAUUUGUUUUAAGAAAAAGAGAAAAAAAAGACAUUUUAAAGCAUAUCAGAACCUUCUGAACUGAACAGACACAAGCACUUCUUUGAUAGAAGUGCUGCAAGAGUGGGGGGGGGGACUUUAUUUGUAUCAUUGCUUUAAAUCCGUGUACUAUGUUUUGAUAUACAGUAAGUCCAUACUCUGUGUUUGGUGAGUGAAGUGGCUGCUUCUGGACAUGUUACACGUGUGUUUGUUCACAACAACCACAGUCAGAGAGAAAUGACUGGAAGAAAACAAGUACAAUCAAGCCCAGAAAAAAGAAAAAACGAACAGAGAUGAGAGAGGGGAGGAUGGAUGGAAGGAUGGAUGGAUGGAGGGAAAUGUAUCUGCCCAAAGAGCAAAACAAAAGAAGGCAUUGAAUGUCUUUCGGACAGUAAAGGUGGACGACAAAGCAGGUACAAACGCUGGUCUGGUAUCAGUAGUUAUAAUUCACCUUGUGUUUUUGUUUAUUUGUUUUUAUGAUUAUCUUCGGUGGCAGUCGAACCACUCCCAUUGCUCACUAGAGACUUGCAGGCAUCAGCACAGGAGACCCACACCACGAUGAGCAGCGUCUGACCAGAGUAGAGAUUAUUGAGUUUUGUCAUUGCAGGUUGAUGAGAUACGAUUUAUACUCGUGGGAACAGUCUGGCAUGUUGCGAUUGAUGGGGAGCCAUCGAUGUUGUGGACAGGAGUGUAUGUCUGUGAACGAAGCCCCCACACCUCCACCUCCACCUCUUCCAACUAAUCAGGAUUUGACCCUCUCCGACCCAUUUGCCCCUAUUCCAGAUGUCCCGCAGAGAUUUCUUCACGGGCUUCGUAACCCAAGCUGUGUAAAACUCAGAGCUUUAGGCCUCCACAGAUUGGCCGUGUGCUGAGAAUAUACAUUUUGAAAAGUCAGAAGGCGAGGGGAGAAGAGGGCCGUGGUCUCACAGCACAUUUCAGUGGCGGCCAUCCUUUGAAGUGAAAGAUUACACGGAGAAUGUCCUACUGUCACCCAACCUCUUAGCACUUACAGUAUUGCACAUUACCCUGCCUUGGUUUUAUUUUUCCAUCCUGAAAACAUAUACACACACACUUUCACAUUCACACACACACACACACACACACACACACACACACACACACACACACACACACACACACACACACACACACUCACACUCACACACACACACACACACACACACACAGUAUAGACUCUAGACAUACAGAGUGAUGCGCCUUGAAUGGUACAUAAGUGUGGAUGUCUCCGUAGUGAAUGGUAUCUCAUGGGAAAUGGAAGAGACGAGAGUGGGUUGACUAUUGCAAAGCUUCCUGAUCUAAAUCUGAAAUAUAACAAUCACUGACUAAUAUGCAAAGAAGGCAAAGGAGAGAGGGACAGAGAAGGGGAUUUGGGGUGGUCACAGGUUAGCCAAAGAUGUGCGGGAGGAUGCAGUCUCUCCUGCUCUCACUCGCAGCUUAUCAUCCAGUUUUGAAUGGGUGGGUGCGCAGAGGAUGAGAGAUGGAGGUUCUAUAGGAAGUAUUUUUGUAGAUCCAAGUGCCCUUACACAGUCCACCACUGCACAACCAAUACAACAGUUGGUGAGACGAAACAAGAUGACCUGGCCCCACAGACAGACAGACAGACAGACAGACAGACAGACAGACAGACAGACAGACAGACAGACAGACAGACAGACAGACCGACCUACGGUUUGAGUGUGAAUUUACCUGAGCGAUGUGAGAGGACAGCACUUCUGUGACACUCAAGUGAGACAGACAGACAGACAGACAGACGGUUGGUUUAGGUUUGAAUUGAAGUGAAUUCAGAAACUGAAGACGCAUGGGUCAGAAACAAGGGGCCUGUAUGUCUGAUGGUUUUGACACAUGGUUUUCGGGGAUGACGAAUGCUCUCUACCUAAGGAUACCUGUGCAAUUGUAAAAAAAAAAAAAGGAAACAUAUGGAACUGGCAGUAUUUAAACCUAUUUUAUGUACCGUACUUGAUGUCAUUAUAUGCAAGAUAAGUUAUAACUUUUUUUUGUUUGGCACAUACGUAACAGUAAAAGCAUCUUGCUACAGUUUGUUUUUUUUCUUACAUGAAUCAUACUAUGAUGUGUAAAAGUGUGCUUGAGAGCCUGGUUAUUUGCAGUGGGUGUACAUUGUUUGCGUGCCAGUGUGCGUGUUUGGAAGGGUGGCAAAGCUUUGGAUGUCUUUAUCAGGGACUGCACACAUUGAUUUUUACUCUCACGUCUGUAUUUUUCUCUGUUUAUAACUUUCAUUUUCCUUUUAUCAUGACUACGAGAGUGACAAAAAUGUUUGCACAUCCAGUAGAGAAACUGUUACACUCCUAAAGGGAGUGGGGGGAACUGAGUGUGUGUUUUGAGAAGUGUGCUAGGCUCAGGGAUGGGCAAAAUGGAUUAAUUUGUUACAAUAUCUAGUGCCACAUAUUCCAAAUGACCUUAUUUUACCUGUUCAAUUCAAAACAGUAAUCAUUUCAACCAGCCAAUCACCUGGCUGUAUUGGAUAGGUAAAACUAAGCAAUGUGGAAUACGGUAUGUGGCCCUGGAUUACAACUCCUGAAUCCAUUGUGCCCAUCACGGGUCAGGAGUGAGAAGUGGGUAAGUUCUGGAGGACCCGGCUACCCCUCCUCUAUUCUUGUCAGUCCAGCAGCACAUAGAAUGUACCGUAUGUGUGGUCUUGUGUGCAACUGCAGCACGACCACGUCUGAAAUGGGAAAGGGAUCCCUCCCCUACUCCAGUAGACUGCUACUGCUAAUUAUCUCUUUUCAGCCGAGUGAACAACCACUACACUCGACAGAGCUCUACCGGUCAAUAGGGAUCUAGAGUGACCACUGCCUUAAACCAACCUGCUUUAUCCCACAGCCUGCCAACUGCAUCUAACACCCCCUUACACACACACACACACUAAAUGUACACACACACUAAAUGUACACACACACACACACACACACACACACACACACACACACACACACACACACACAUAGAGAGACACCACACGACACACAAACAACACACAGAGCCUUUUUCCGACUCAGCAUCCUCUCAGCUCAACCACAGAGAUCGUUCAUGUGGUUAAGAGAGACCCAGUGGUAAACAGCCUGUCAGACUGCAGUUAAGGACUACACACACACACACACACACACACACACACACACACACACACACACACACACACACACACACACACACACACACACACACACACACACACACACCAGAUUGAUGAGCUAACCUGGGGGGAGGCCCUCUGCCUCCACUGGCCACAGUAAUGGCAGCAAGCGAUCAAUGACAGUGAAAAAGGGGGAGGAUUUUGCCUCAGUGUGAUUGCUGUAUAUCCAUCCUCUUUUCAGGAUGCUCAUUUCCUUACUGACCUUUUAAAAAUGUAAUUACCACAAAGUCUUCUUCUUCUAAAGCCCCCUUGAGGUCUGUUUUAUAUUUAAAGGAACAUUUAUCUCUUAAAGUGAUUUUUGUACGGAAAAAAGAAUGGUCUAUAGAAUAUUUUCAGAUUCCAAAAACAACAUUUAAAAGAACAUACUUUAUUUUAAAUAAUACAGAUGUAAACAUCUCAGUUUAUUGCUUAUAUAUGAAAUCCGACAGGCUAGCUUCAAAAAACACAGCAAUAUACUUUGGUUUGCCAGUUUAAUACCAAUCAAUUCAGUUGCACUGUUAUUCUACAUCCUGGAAGGAACACCUCACACUUUGAAGCGUCAUGCUCAUCUGCUUAUCCUAGCAUGCCUGUGUAGCAUAUUGCAUAUUAGAACCAUUACAUGAACAACCAUUACACACACACACACACACACACACACACACACACACACACACACACACACACACACACACACACACACACACACACACACACACACACACAGGUCUAAUGUGGAGGUGGGAUCCUGGUCACAUGUUGAGGUGUUAGUUCCUAUUGGGUUGUUGCUGCUGCUGACUGUGGGUAUAGCCUACUGAGGCAUUUACACGGGCCGCACUGGAGGCUGUCCAUCGGAGUGCCAGAGCGUGUGAAAGUGAUCAAUUCUGUUUGAGUGUAUUCUAUUCUAGCCAGUACGAGAGAAAAACAUGAUCAAAUAUAACCCAAUGAAUGCUAUACUGUAUGUACACCUGAGACUUGGCCAUACUAAUGCUGUGCGUUUGUGUCCCGGCAUGGUGAUGAUGUUCUCCCCAAUCCAAAACAAGCUUUACCCUUUGUAGAUCCCCCAGCCAGAUUGUGGGGUAAACGGAAAAGGCCACAUCAAAAAUUAAAAUGGCCCCCAGUUGUACAGUGCACAUUUGAGGGAAGUGGGUAUUUGUGAUCCCUUGACAGGUUGUGUUUUGUUUUGUUUUGUUUUGUUUUGUUUUUUAUCUCCUGUUUCUAGGUCUCACUUUCAAUGUGCUGAACCACUCAAGAAGCAACUAGGGGGGGCAUUGUACUUAAGUCACAUAAAGUCCACUUACACGUUUUGAACAUUUCUAUAUAGUGCUGCCGGCAUUGGGUAUAUAUCCAUUUUUCUCAGUAUAUUUUAAUUGCCACUGAACAUACAAAAGGAGCUUUCAUUGCUUUCUAUAUGUGUAUAUCUCGUGGCUGACGGUCAAGCAUUGUCAAUCAAGUUAACCAACGUUCAAUAAAUGGUGAAUAUAUGUUUUUAUA